GGAGUUCACAGCGAUGGUUGAUGGACAUAGAUAAUACUCACUUGGAGAUUUGGGGAAAAAAGAAGAAAAGCAAAAGCCCAAGCAAGGCACCUCUCUUGCCCAGAGAGACCGACAGGCGUAUAUCUCCUCUUCUCUCUGAUUCCGGUUUCUCUGUUCCUGUUCAGACAAACGAGGAGAAGUCUCGUUAAUGUCAGGAAAAUACGAUCCUUCGUGAUCUUAAAAUUAUCUCCACAUAAGACUUUGUAGUUUUUGUAUUGUAAAUCUCUGUAAACCCCUGAUCUGGUCGUUGAGGUUUCUUUCUCUGUUUCCCUUCCUCCUCCCACCUUUCCUUUAUACACGGCGAUGGAAUCGCUGCCCAACGGCGAUUCAACGGCUGUAGCAGCGGCGGCGACAGCCGCUUCGAUUCCGUCGUCUAGGCUGACUCACCUGGCAGAGUCAUUGAAGCUGGAGCACCAAUUCUUGAGGGUUCCGUUCGAGCAUUUCAAGAAAUCAAUGCGAGCGAACCACCGGAUCGUCGAGAAAGAGAUGUCUGCUGUAAUCUCCAGUGUCGCCGAAGCUGCCGACCGCGACAUGUCCAAAGAAGAAGCGGUUCAUCACCUUACAUCCCUCGUUUCCAGAUUACAAGGCCUUAAAAGAAAGUUGGAAGAGGGGAACAAGACAGAAAACUUGCAAGCUCAGAGAUGUCGAGCUCGGUUGGAUCACUUAGAGUCUGCGGGAACGGAGAGCCUCUCUGAGUGGAACAGCACCCGAGUAAAGCGAAUUCUCGUGGACUACAUGUUGCGGCUAUCAUACUAUGACACCGCAAUUAAACUUGCUGAAAGCAGUAAUAUGCAGGAUCUUGUUGACAUUGAUGUGUUCCAUGAAGCGAGAAAGGUUAUUGAUGCUCUUCAGAACAAGGAGGUAGGCCCUGCUCUCGCUUGGUGUGCGGAGAACAAGUCAAGGUUGAAGAAGUCCAAGAGUAUAUUUGAGUUCCAACUGAGACUUCAAGAGUUCAUAGAGCUGGUUCGAGCAGAUAACAACUUGCGAGCUAUCACAUAUGCUAGGAAGUUCCUAUCCUCAUGGGGGGCUACCCAUAUGAAAGAACUGCAGCAUGUCAUGGCAACUCUGGCCUUUAGGAGUAAUACUGAAUGCCCAAAGUACAAGGUUUUGUUUGAACCAAGGCAAUGGGACUACCUUGUGGAACAGUUCAAACAGGAGUUCUGCAAGUUAUACGGCAUGACCCUGGAGCCGUUGCUGAAUAUUUAUUUACAAGCAGGCCUGUCGGCUCUCAAGACUCCAUUCUGUUAUGAAGAUGAUUGCACCAAAGAAGACCCUCUAUCACAGGAGAGCUUCCGGAAACUGGCAUCGUCAUUACCAUUCUCCAAGCAACAUCACUCAAAGCUUGUGUGCUAUAUCACCAAAGAGCUAAUGGAUACAGAGAACCCACCACUUGUACUACCCAAUGGCUAUGUUUACAGUACAAAGGCUCUUGAAGAAAUGGCCAAGAAGAACAAUGGUAAAGUGACCUGUCCAAGGACAGGUCUUGUAUGCAACUAUUCGGAGCUUGUCAAGGCCUUCAUUUCAUAAUCAUGUAUGUUCAAGAUUACUCAGUCAGGUAGAUGAUGAUGCCUUCUAUUUUGAAGCUUGAAUCUGUUGGCACCUCUAUUUACUAAAAAUGGCUAGUUUCUGAACAUGCAAACAGAACUAUGUCCCCUUUUAUCACUUGAGCAGGUAAUUCCUCUCAUCCCAUGGUUUUGUGCUUGGGUCUAGAGUGUUGUUACAUGUAUAUUUAUAUGAUGAAUUCACAGUUAUAUAUAUCAAUGAAUUUCUCUGGAACUUGAGCACUCUUGUGUA